AUACACUUCAUUAUCGCCCCGUCUAUCAUGACAACUGGACAAUACCACUUCAACAUGAGAUUUACGAUCUCUUUUCAUGCCUUUACACCCCUGAUUGAGUGUAUCCGCUUGAUUAUCGCAGUUACUGGCUACGGGCAGCCAGGAAAGGGGGCCAUUGGAAGUGUGCAUCUCAUUACUACUCCCUUCCUAGGAAGCAACCCAGCUUUACUUCAGCACUCAUAACGAUUAGGUGCCAUGAGAAUCUCAUGACAAACGCCUUAUGCGAACCACAUUGCCCAACACCUGGCAAUGCUGGCCUUGCGGCUUCAUCGCACCGCUGCCAAGUGGCAAGCUCAGCCGACGUGAUUGAACACAUAUUGAACAACUCCAGCUGAAAAUUUGCUUUCUAA